GGAAGUAAAGAAAGAGCCACACAUUAAAAAUAACCAGAGAGAGAAAUGCAGAAGACAAUGACAUGCAGGUGUGGCUGUUCCUGAUUCAGUUUGAUUAUCUUUGAAUACGCAAGAAAAAAAAUCGUCUUCACCCAGAGAGUGACUGGACUAAAUCAAGAUGUUUAUUGUCACCUGGGUAAUGUUACUCUUCAUCAGUUCCAGCUCAGUAUCCCCUUUCCAAAGUAUAGUGUUCUAUGUUUCAGCCUCUUCAGGAAUGAGUGGAAAGCCCACACUGACGAUUCCACUGCUGACUGAAGGACAAGAAACCACUCUGACUUGCAUCGCUGACCUCUGCUCUAACGGAGAAACUCCUGUCUUUGUAUGGAAAUGGACCAGGUCCAUGGAGAACAAUUCCUUAAACAUAAAUAAUGUGACAGAAUCUCAAACACAAAACUCAACAGUGACAUUUGCGCCUUCAGCCAAACAUCAUGGCUCUGCCGUCACCUGCCAGGUCACCUGCCCAAAUAACAUAACAGCGAAUGUGACAAAAGUUCUCAGUGUAACCUAUGUGAAGAAAUUACAAAUCAGUGGUGAGAAAACCCUUAAGGACGGUGACACUCUGAAUCUGACCUGCUGUUUUGAUGGUUUUCCUCAAACUGUCCUCAUCUGGACCAAACUUGGCUCCAACACAAGCAUCACCAAUGGCACUGGAGCAGCCACCCUCUUCAUGAGCAAUGUGACAGGAAAGGAUUCUGGUCAGUACAUUUGUACAGCACAGAACCAGGACAGGAAUCUAACAGUGGACAUAGCAGUGCGAUAUGUAAAGACUCCAACAAUCAGUGGCAAAUCUACAAUUAAACAAGAUGAAAGUCUCAAUCUGACCUGCACUGUCGACAGCUUUCCUCUAUCUGUCAUCACAUGGUCUAAACGUGGCCUCAACAAAACUCUAAACAAUGAAACUAAAUAUGGAACGUCAACUCUUGUGAUUCAUAACGUGACUGAACAGCAUUCUGGGCAGUAUUUUUGUUAUGCAAACCAUCUGAACAAAACCUUGGAGCAAGACAUUAACAUUACUGUGAUAAAUGCAUGGGAAAUGAAGAUCACAGGAGAACCAACUGUUAGAGAGGGAAGUGCUCUGAAUCUGACCUGCAGUGUUGAGAGCUUCCACCCUCUUCUGAUCACCUGGACAAAACUCGGCACGAACAAAACCCUGACCAAUGAAACUGGAAUUAAAGUUGGAACAUCCUCCCUCAUCAUUCAAAAUGUGACAAUAAGCAACUCUGGACAGUAUUUCUGUACUACAAAAUUUCUGACCUCACAAAUCCAAGACAUAAAUGUUACUGUUACAUAUCGGAGGAGGCCUAAAAUAACUGGAGACAUUGUUGUUACAGAAGGCCAUGUUCUGAAUCUGACCUGCAGCUUCGAUAGUUGGCCUCUUUCUUUAAUCACCUGGACCAAAUCUAGAUCAAGCACAGUGUUGAAAAAUGACACUGGGUCAGCCACACUUCUUAUUUUUAACACGACAGCUGAAGACAGAGGAUUGUACAUUUGCACAUCAGAACAUCUGAAUAUCAGCUUUACCGAAGAAGUUCACAUCAAAGUGAAAAUGCAACCUCAGAUCCUAGAUAAGUCUGGCUGUAAGUCUCAGCAGGAUGUCCUGACCUGUGUGUGCAUCAGUCAAGGCUUUCCUUCACCCACAAUUACAUGGGAAUCGUUGGAGAAUCACGUCGACUACUCCAUCAACACUGCUGUGUCAAACCACACGGUCACAAGCACCGUCUCCAUAAAUAUGAAAGGCCUCUCCAAUAUUUCUGCUGUUUGUAUCAGCAGUAAUACAAACGGGAAAACAAGAAGGAAUCUUUCCAGAAAUGAGGUGGAAGAUGGACACAUUGUAAACUAUCUACGGACUUUCACACAGAUGGGCACAAUAAUUCCCUUUUUGAUCGGGGUGUUAGUUUCAGCAUUUAUUUGCUCCUUGUUGUGGCUGUGCUACAGGAAAAAGCACAAGUCUCGUGGAAGUACAUCUGAGACUAUAGAGAUGGUAAUGACUCAAGAGACAAACGGUGGUCACACAGUGGAUUAUGAGCCCAUUCUGGCCAGAGGGACAGCUGGAGGAUCCAGUGGCCCAGAAGCUGGAACAUCAGAUAUAGAAUAUUCUGAUAUUCAUUUGUUGAUCAAACAAGACAUUGCAAGCCCUUCAGAGAUGAAACCACAGAAAGAAGUCACAGAGUAUGCUAAGAUUAAUCCCAAAAAAAAAAGCAAGAUGGAAGAGGGAGAAGGGCGAGAAGAAGAUCAGGAGAUGAAACUCUGUGUGCCAGAGGCUGAAGAGAGUGAGACUGUAGCAGUGUACUCCAAUGUGACAAAGCUGAAGGAUCAAAUGUAAGACUCAUUAACUUUAGCAUAUUGAAGAUGAAAACAUCACUGGAGUUGACUGUAUUUAUGCAUCAACUAUCUUGAACAUAAAACAAAAAUUCUAGAAAGAAAUAUAAAAUAUUCACAAUCCAAACUGUUGGAUAUUUAAGUUAGCAAGAAACCACGGUGCUGAAAGAUGGUAAAGUGACUUCUGGGAAAGCAGACAGGUGUCAGAUGUGUUUUGCAUGUGGAGUUCCUCUUUAGGAACAAAGUGAAACUGGGCUGAGUUCGUUAAAAGGUUUUUGAACAGCAGUGCAUGUCCCCAUAACAUUGUUCCUCUUUAUUGUAAGACUGAAAAAAGUUGUUGUUUUUUUUCAGUUUGUUUGUCUUAGCUAAACAAAAAGAUUGCUUAUAAUUGCUCAGGUUUAAACAUUGCAGCAGAAAUUAAAAUUAUUUUGGAGAAUAACCCCAGUAGAAAUAUUUUGUACAAAGAAAAUACUUUUAAAGUGCUCUAUGUUUUACCUUAUUCUACCAGCUAUAUUACACUGACUGUACACUGUUGCAUAGAUUGGGAGUCAACAUGUUCUUGCAGUUCCUAUGUGCAGAGUAGUGUAGAUAGAACUCAUUACAAUUGAGUGACUGUGUGAUACAAUGAAGCCAAUACUUAUCCUAACUAAGGGCCUUGUUCACUUACCUGUGAAAGAAACGUGGCUAUUAGACAUUCUGGUAAUUUUGUAAAUAAAUACCAUGUUUCCUUAAAUGUGUGCUUACCAGUGAGAAUUUGUAGUGCCUAACUAUCUGCAACCUACUGAGAAAAUGCCUUCGUUUGCACAAUAAAUCACAUUUCAUAUAGAGUGCUUUGCAUAAAUGCUAUUGUACAUAGUAAUGUAAAAUUUGCAAGCUUCAUUUAUUUUAUUUAAUCAUAGACAAGCAAGAUGUAUGAAACCUAUUAGUGAUGUGGAAAGAAAUUACACAAAUAAAAUG